AAAUUUGAAGAAAAACUCAAAUGAAUUUAGAGAAAAUAUUUUACGAUUUUAUAUCCACCGAGCUCUCUAAGAACCGCCCACACAGCUGGUCUUACGUCUAUAAAGUAUAUAUAAGGAAGACGUAAAACGACUUUCCCUUUCAGAUUUACACUGACCACAUGGUAAGGACCUCCCUAUGGACCUGAAAGCUACGGCCGUGAUCAUUUGAAAAGCGGAAGUGCUCCAUUGACGUCUAUAGAAAAAAGUUUUCAUAUCUGUGGCAUUUGCCAAAGCAAGAAGAGGAACAUGUCAGAAAGUUCAAAGACCCCGGGCCUGACCAAAAGAGACACCAGAAAGCCAGAGAAGGAAGAUGAUCUGCCUUGCACAGAUCCAACGCCAGAAGAAGCUGAGACGUGUGACCCUGACCCUAUUCCCAGUUGUCUUGAAAGCACCAUAAAUCCAGAGAAUGCCAGACUGAUGACAAAGUUUGAUGACAAAACGUGCCCACAAGGACCGCCGCGCCACCUUCCUGUUCAAUUGAGCACAGCACAACAAGAUGGUCGGCGUUCCGAAGGUCCAACUAGGAGAACAUGACCGCCCCCUGGAGAGGCUCGGAAGCCGAGGAGAUGAUAUGUAGCAGAUGCGAUGGUGCUGGAUGAACCGCAGGACAGCCAAGGACCAAGACAGAAGAACCAUCAAAUCAGCCGCAGCAAAACUUUGAACAUUGUGUUACUGGGACAGGCAGGCGCUGGGAAGAGCGCAAGUGGAAACACAAUCAUGGAGGGAAAUCCUGUUUUUAAAUCAUAUCGAAGUUCUGUACCUGUUACAAACAAGUAUCAGGCAGAACAGAGGCAGAUGUCAGGGACAGAUGUGAGGGUCAUUGAUACCCCAGACUUCUUCUAUCACAAUGUUGACACACAAUCAGACGCACAUUUUACAAAAUGCAAAGAUUACUUGAGUGAUGAGUAUGUGUGCUUGUUGGUGAUUAAAAUUGGCAGAUUCACGAAGGGUAAGAGAGAGAUAUUAAACCAGUUGGAAGAUGCCUUUGAUAGUAAAAUCAGAGAGAAAACUAUUGUCCUCUUUACUCAUGGAGAGGACCUGAAAAAUAUGAACAUAGAGAUGUUUAUCCAGUCAGACCAUCAUCUUGAACAGAUAGUUGAGCUCUGUGGGAACAGGUACCAUGUGUUCAGAAACACUGACCCAGACGGUCAUCAGGUGAUGGAGCUGAUGGAGAAGAUCUGCAAAGUUAAAGGCCUUGAGCAGUGUUUCCCAGAGUUAAAUGAGGCUGGGAGAAAACAAUCUAAUAAGACCCAAGACUCCCAACCAAAGGUAAAUGAAUCUAAAAGUUGCAUAUUACAGUAACUUUGAUUAUGUUAACAAAGAUGAAUUACAUGUCACCAAUGAUUGUUUUAGGUCACUUUUGUGUGUCCUUGUGACUAAAAGCUCCAAGUUUGAAUAUUUCCAAAGUUUUGUAUUGGUGAUACAUUUUUACUGUGCUGUGUAUUAUACUGUCUUUCCAUUUAUUGAAUAUACAUCACCAUGCAUUUCUAGUGUUGUAUAACGCUACUGACAGACAUACAGAUUUAAUUUUCAGGGUUCCGAGGUAAAACAGAUUAACAUUAUCCUGCCAAGAUCAUUUAAAAAAAUGUAAUUUCAUGUAAUGUAAUGCAUAUACUGUAAUGCAAAUAGGCAAAUUUUAAUCAAUAGCUCAAUCUUUACUUGUUUUUUUAAAAUGAGGUUUGCUUAUCAUAUGAAUUAUGCUUUUUGACUACAGGAAUUCAUUCAUAUUGACAUCUUUAGUCACACAAGAAUUCCAGUACAUUUAUUUACGUAAGUAAAUGUGUUAAUUCAUAUUAAGUUGUUUGUUGAUGAUCAGGUUUGAUAACCCUGAGAACUUGGAAGCACUGACCUUGAUCUCUACACAUAAGCAUGCAAAUAAAAUUAUCUGAAAAUA